UGCCAAACGGAUUGUGAAUCUGUGCAGACUGUUUUUCGAUUGUGACCACCCCUCAGGUGACCGGGAUCGGUGCCGUAUCGUGCGACAGAACGUUGGAGCACGCACGCACCGUCCGUGGUAUCCAUGCCUAUAUACAUAUGUAUAUAACACACGUGUAUCUAUUACCAGCAUACAUACAUUGCUGACGCGAAGAGAUCCGCGAGGGAUACACCGGCGUUACUCCUGCCUCGAGGCUGUGCGUUCGCGAGUGCCCGCGCAACAGUGUUAUGCGAUCACGAUGAUUGUGAAGAACGCGUUAGAGAAUCCAUCGAUGCAAAUGGAGAUCAUACUCACCCGCGAUCAGAGGACUACGUCCCACCGGGUGCACGACCAUGCCGCGCGAGUCAACGCGCCGGCACCGAAGUCCACGAUCUCAUCGUUGCAACCGACCAAAUAUCAGGACAACAUCGUCGCAAGACGUCGCUGCACUAAAGCGAUAACCGCGAAAACGCUUAUACGAGAGAGAAAGAGUGAUUCGCACCUCAUGCCUACAUUUUAUCACGACCGGAGAACACGGCAUUCUAACGCAUCCUUCAACGUACUCAGAUCCUUAAGGUUAGGCAGCGCGUUGGUGAUUCUCCUAGCGCUAGCGGUGCAAAGUGCCCCGGUAAUGAAUUCCCCGAACAAAACGGACGAUAUGAAAUGGGUGAACCCGUGUGGCGUCUCUACCAAAUUACGAACAAACGGCUCCAGUCCGGACAUCGUACAGUUGGAGGACCAUGAUCUCCUCAACCAAAUAGUACUCCAAGCGAGAACGGCAUUGAAGCAUGCGCAACUUUUCAGAGAUGAAUUUAUCAGACAAACUUUCAAGACGGACUUCGCCAGCGUCCACAAUUUGUGGAGGAAAAAUCAUUACGCUUGGCUGCCUACGCGAUCUGAAAUACCCAAAGAGCUGGGAGAGGAACUGGACCAGAAGCAUCUCGAAAAAUUGGAAAUUAACACGUCUCUCGUCGAUGCGUACGAAUAUAUGCAGAAAUAUGCGGUGGGCUUGGAGCAGGUAGUUUUGGAUCAAAAGGAUUAUCAGCCUAAAUAUCAUCAGAAAUUCACAGAAGCCGAGUGGAAACUUCGAGCGGUUCUCUGUGAGAUCCAAGUUGCUUUAGAAGAGCGUAGCGUAACGCGACGACCGGACGUCACUCGAGAUGUCAUGACGUCCGAUUUCCGAACGAUGACGGAUAUGACGUUCCGUGAUCUGCGUGACUGGCUGAUUUUCCGAGAAUAUAUGAACGGCCUCGAAUACGUGAUACAAGUAUUUUCGCAUCUACGCCUACGUUUGUAAUCUGCGUAAUCUUGAAGAUCUGUACGACGAAAGCCGAAGAAGGACGAAGUCCAUCUCUCGUCUCAGAAAAUUAACGCGGUCACUGACAGCUCCAUUUUCUGGGGAUACAGGGAAGAGAAUAGACGGGACACAGAAAGAGGACCGUCUUUUGAUAUCUGAUUAGUAGAUGGACACAAUUUUAAUGAAAUGUGUCUCUGCAACGAGGAUCGGGCUAUUCGUUGGUGUCGACGAUGAGGAGUGAUAUUGUCGAACCGACUGAUAUACCGCAUCACUAUGUCCAUAUUAAGCUUCUAUGAUAAAUCUAGAAGUGCCAUCAAUGCUCUUGACACCUCAUCACAUUCACCAUCCUCUUCGACACUCUUUGAUGUCACUUUAUGUGGUACUGCAUAGAACCGAAUGAGAAAGAGUAGGAAACAGAGAUUUAAAAAACCGCGUCGUUAUUGGUCCACUGGCUUUCGCCGUUUCAGCUCACGGUCAUAUACACAUAAUCAUGCAUAUUCACAUAUCACACAAGCUAUGAUUUCGCGCGAAGAUGCCGUACAGCAUGCGGAUGUAUAUUUAAUUUUAUAUACAAGAAGCAAAAGUGGAGACAAAUAGAUCCGAUGGCUCAAUCGUUCAACGUUGAACGUAUAACCCUUGAGAUAACAAUCAAAUAUCACGGUUAUUUUACACUCUAGGAACGUGAUAUCCGUUACAUUCUUCUUUCGACGCAUUACCAACAUCGCCGCGAUUGGCUUGAUUUUCAGUAAAGACUUAAGAUCUUUAAUAACCUCUCAAUACAAAUAAAACGUAUUUGUAACAACCAUUGCUACUUCGAGUGGCUGUUACACAAAGUUUAAAGAGUGCACGUAAGAUUAGAACGAUCGAUAAAAGUUAUUGCACGAAAAUGCCACGACAAAUUUCAAGUUGAUUUCUUUAGCGUGAUUGUCCACGCAAUAUCUUGCUUGGCGUAGUAGUUUCAACAUACGAACAUUUAUGGCACCUAACACGCAUUCUAUGAUCAGUGCGUAAGACAAGAAGUGAUAAUCUGAGAACGAAGCUACCUAAUAGGAAGGAAUCCUUGCUGUAGGUUCAUAAUAAGACAAAACAUAUUUUGAACCUCGCGGUAAUUUAGACCGCGAUUAAGUGUGUGUGUAUUACGUUAUGCACACAGAAAUCCCACAAUAUCGUUAAAAAGGCCUCUCUUCGCGAGCGAUUCAUACCCCACAAUCUUAUAUAAUAAUUUAUUGACUACUUAUACGUGUAUAAUUUGUUUAUAGGUAAUAUAAUAUUAUU